UCAACGAAGAUUUGGGUAGACGAGUGUGUAGCGAACUGAAAACCCUUGCGUAUUCGCUCGACCUCCAGCUCAUUCUGCAUCGCGGGGGUUUCCCGAUACCGACCCACGCUGUGCAAGUCGGGAUCUUGAAUGCGACGGCAUUUGUUGCAGCUCAGGGACGCUGAAUGCAACGUGAACAGCCGCCCUCGUUCGUCUGUUUCCUGGUCAACCCUUUAUUUCCGCAAGAAUUUCCGUCGUCACCCGACGGAUUUGUUGCAGUUGCUCCUUUGUCCCGUCAUUCUGCGUGUCACGAGGGGUUUCCGCGGCUCGAGAGAAAGAGGAUGGGCUAGCUGGCGGUCAGAAUCGAUUGCCGAAGCGUUUCGCGACGUAUUCUCCUGCUUUAAAGCGUCAUUCGUUGCUAAUUGAGGACUGGAGUCUUCCUCUUGUGUUUCGUGUGGACCGGAAGGAAAUCGCAUUAAUCCGUUACCAAUAGUGGACACGAUGGAGCUCUGCGAGAGCCCCUGCUGCGAGCCUAGGGAACGUCUCCCAGCGAUCCCGGUACUCCCACUCGCCACCGUUGGAGGGUUGCCGGCAUCUCAAACCCUCAUCGAAGAAAAAGUGACUUAUACUACGAAGCCGAUAGUCGCCGAACAAAUAAUUGAGGUACCACAAGUCGAGUACCGCGACCACUUAGUAGAGGAGCGACAAACGGUGUUUGUGGAGAAGGUUAUUCAUGUUCCUCGAACUGAGAUUCAAGAGCGUAUUGUGGAAGUUCCACGCCAUGUAACUCGAGAAGUUGUUGUCGACGUACCACAAGUUCAAGUUGUCGAGAAGUUUGUGGAGAUACCGACUCCAAUAUACCAGGAGAAAAUCAUUCCGGUGGCUCGCCCGGUGAUUAAACAGAAGACCACGCAUGUGCCAAAACCUGUGCUUCAUGAAAAGUUUGUUGAAGUUCCGCGUGUCUACUACAAACCCGUAACAGUCGAGAAAAUUGUCGAGGUUCCGGAGUACCGUAUCGAGUAUAAGUACCGUGAUGUCCCGGUUCCUCAGAAAGUCUUUAGAGUUGUCCCGUUUGAUCGUAUCAGGUACGUACCACAGAUUCGUUAUGUGGACAAAAUUGUCAAGAAACCAGAAAUCCGUACUAACUCUGUGCCCGUCUUUGAGUCAACACAGGGACGGUCCGUCAAAGUUGCUUCGCCGCGUCGUGUUCCUAUUUCCGGUCCGGCCACACCUGUCCUCAUGGAACGGGAACAGCGUGAAGUGGCUUACUGUGACUCUCUAAUGGAAGGACUUUUUGGCUGUUUCAUGCCAGCCACUCCCGUUGAGAAGCAGGCGUGUCGUGGCGUAAGCAGACGCCGCAUGCGCUUGAGGUCCCCCAGGAGCCCUCCGAUCAACAUGGACGUCGUUGUUAUGUCGAGGAGUCCAAGAAAUAGAAGGAGCAGACGUGUCUUUGGUGACUGCUGCAGCUCGGAUGUCGCGGAGGUGAGGACGCCUCGACUAAUGCACUUACCUGCGCCAACUCCGGUCGCUGGACUCGCUGUCUCAUCAGUUCAACACCCAUCCCUAAAACGGCCUCAGCCUGUACCAUAUCCACUUCCCUCUCCGCCAUCGCUGCCGACAAUGGUGUCUCCCUGUCCCCCUCCAGAGGCGAUGAUUGAGACAAAGCUCGGUGCUAUGACAUUCCGUCAGUUUGAGAAACUGAAUAAUGAAGAUAUUCUGGGGAAACACUUACGCCCAUACGACAUCCCUACAUCAAAUGGGCAAGUUGAUUCCUGUGACACUUCAAAGUGUUCCACACUGCCUCGCCCAGAAGAGACAACAAUCACAUCCAACCACCGACAGAUCCAUCCAGGACAGCUGUUUGGUGAAGGUGCGCUUUCCUCCUCUGCUGUGAGCCCUCGAGGCGGCACAAGAAGUUCAGAUAUAUCUGAAGUGCUACAGAGACAGCGUGAAGAGCUGAAGCUUCGGAUCGAGCACGAACGGAUUCACGCUGAACGUCUCCGUUUAGCGUGUUUAGCUGAAGAAAAGCGCAUGCAGCUGCUCGAACUCGAGGAACAACAGAGGCAGGUGCGGCUGCAGGCGCACAAGCAGCAGACUGAGUAUGAAGCUCAGCAGCAGCUUUUUGCGAGAGAACAGGAACAUCUCCAGAAGGAGGCCCUUGCCGGUGAUGUUAUGAUCCAGACGCGGUAUGGCCCUAUGAAAUUCCAGGAGUUUGAAAAACUGAACAACGAAGACUUUAUGAAAAGCCCUCGAGGACUUCAAAUCAGCACUUGUAACACAAUGGCGUAUUCUCCUAGUUUAGCAACUCCACGCACGCAAGCUGGUGAAACCGACUACCGCACACACACGUCGGUGGCGUACGUUGGAGGGACUGCUUCGGUCCCACAACAGGUCCCGAUAUAUCAGGAGGCACCCGUGAUACUGUCUCCCCGAGUAGUGGUGCCGAACAGAGGGCCUGUGUAUCUGCAGGAACAUCAGCCGAUGUAUCUUCCCAGAACUUUUCAAUGUAGCCAUCAUGGUGACUGUCCCGUUGGUGGCUUGCACCCUACCGUCGGUGAGUCACACGACGAGGACCUUCUGGAUGAGCGUUACACGAUUCAACUUCAACAGCUAACAAAGAUAGCUUUUCGCAACGCGUAUCAAGCAGGUCUGAAUGUGUACGAAGGAGUCCGCAGUCUCGUGAAUUGGGGGAAAUCAGGUUGAUGCAGGCGAGUAUGUUCAAAUACAGAUGCCGUAUGUGUAGUUUGUUGAAAAUUGACUUAUUUUGCCAUGACGAUUGUUAUCGUCGGAUUCGUUGAGGGCGACCACCUCUGUGCUGCCGACGCAUGGGCAGAAGCACUCUGGAGCAGAUGUAUUAUUUGUACUUGCGCAUGAGGAUUGGGCAAAUGCGUCCAAGUUGUAGGUGCCUGAGGACACCUUGGGUCACCGUCGCAAGGCUUAAUAUAGCGGCGGAUCCGGCAGUGGUAGAGUAACCGAAGAAAGUGGCCGAGCACAUCCACAUUUUUCGAUGCAGUGGUAAGCGCAUGUUCGCCGAUGCUUGAUUCCGUCUUGCAUGGAAGAUGGUAUUCUGGUCAGCGAAUUGUGUGAGUGCUUGUCAUAACCUGUUCAAGGAAACAAAUGCGAGGCGAGUGUCUUGUGUUCACUUACUUCUGUCAAAUAUGAACCUUUCUUGGUGUUCGUACACUGCAUCAUGAUAGGUUGUAACACCUGUUGACUGCAUGGCCGACACAGGAUAUAUUGAGAACCCAGCUUGGGAUACAUUUUUUGUUUGUGAUGUGUAGAAGGAACGCUCCGGCGUGUUAUUUCUAUGCCCUGGAACAGCUGCUCAGCAACUGUCUUGCCUCCGUACGGUGAUUGAUAUUUAUUGUGGAAAUUGAAUGAGUUGAGGGUUCCUCAAAGGGCGACGCGGGUGUUAGUGGCCGAAUUUAUCCCGCCUCUCACACACGAUUUUCAUUAGCUGUGGUUUCAUGAACAAAACUUAUGCAGCCGAACUGUUUCUUCGGUGCAGAAAAGAAUUCUGUUUAC